AUGGCUGUGCUUCUGGAGACCACAUUAGGGGACAUUGUCAUAGAUCUUUACACUGAGGAAAGACCCAGAGCCUGCCUAAAUUUUCUGAAGUUGUGCAAAAUAAAAUAUUAUAAUUUCUGUCUCAUACACAAUGUGCAGAAAGACUUUAUCAUACAGACCGGUGAUCCUCUGGGAACAGGCCGAGGAGGCGAAUCUAUUUUUAGUAAACUGUACGGUGACCAAGCUCGUUAUUUUGAACCUGAAAAAGUGCCACGGAUAAAACACAAAAAAGUGGGAACAGUGUCAAUGGUGAACAAUGGCAAUGAUCAGCAUGGAUCUCAAUUUCUGAUCACAACAGGGGAGAAUCUGGAUUAUUUGGAUGGGGUGCACACAGUAUUUGGAGAAGUGACGGAAGGGAUGGAUGUACUGAAGAAAAUUAAUGAGACUUUUGUGGAUAAAGAUUUUGUUCCUUAUCAAGAUAUCAGGAUAAACCAUACUGUGAUUUUAGAUGAUUCAUCAUUUGAUGAUCCAGAAGGACUGGUUAUUCCAGAUCGCUCCCCAGAACCCACCAAAGAGCAAUUAGAUAGUGGGAGAAUUGGUGCAGAUGAAGAAAUUGAUGACAACAAAGGAAAGUCAGUAGAAGAAGUGGAAGAACAUCUGGCAGAGAAAGAAGCCAAGACUAGAGCUGUCCUGCUGGAAAUGGUUGGUGACAUACCAGAUGCAGAAAUCAAGCCUCCUGAAAAUGUACUCUUUGUGUGCAAACUAAAUCCUGUAACAACAGAUGAAGAUUUGGAAAUUAUCUUUUCCCGAUUUGGAUCUAUAAAAAGCUGUGAGAUAAUUCGAGACUGGAAGACUGGUGAAUCAUUGUGUUAUGCUUUUAUUGAGUUUGAAAAGGAGGAAGACUGUGAGAAAGCCUAUUUUAAGAUGGACAAUGUGCUUAUUGAUGACCGGCGAAUACAUGUGGAUUUCAGUCAGUCUGUUGCUAAGGUGAAAUGGAAAGGAAAAGGGGGAAAGUACACAAAAGAUGACUUUAAAGAGUAUGAGAAGGAAAUGGGGAAACAGUCCAAGCUUGCCCUAAAGGACAAAGCCAGACCUAAACAAGAGUAUCUUUUUAUAGUGUGCAGUCUCGAGCCCAUUGUCUCUCAACCCCCCUUUGAGAGCCAAAUAUUUCAUAGACACGCCCUCUGGAAGUGA